GAGGCCGCGCCGCAACUCCCUCACGGAGGAGGACGGCAGCCAGGAGUUCUCCACCCGCAGCCGCUUUCUCUACUAUCUCUUCAGCCUGGGCACGGAGCUGGGCAACGAGCUCUUCUACAUCCUCUUCUUCCCCUUCUGCAUCUGGAACUUGGACGCCUGGCUGGGCCGGAGGCUUAUCAUCAUCUGGAUGUCGGGCACCGCCAUCCCCCUGGCUCUCCUGCUGCUCAGCUACGGCCGCUGGCAGUAUCCCCUUAUGUUUGGACUGAUCCUUGCAUUCUGCUGGUGUUCUUUGGUUUGCUGUAGUCGAAUUUAUAUGGGAAUGCAUUCAAUUUUGGAUGUUAUUGCUGGAUUUCUGUAUGCUAUUCUCAUCUUGGUUGUCUUCCAUCCGGUUGUGGACCUGAUUGAUAACUUCAACUUGACUUACAAAUAUGCACCCUUAAUUAUCAUCAGUCUCCAUUUAGCGCUGGGCAUCUUCUCUUUUACUCUAGACACUUGGAGCACAUCGCGAGGAGACACAGCUCAGAUACUGGGCUGUGGUGCUGGAGUAGCCUGUGGCUCUCACGUUAACUACAUAAUGGGUCUAAAGCUAGAUCCUCCUCCCGAUACGUUACCUUUAUCUCUUUCCUCUCUCACUGUGACUGUGUUUGGAAAAGCCAUAUUGCGGUUGUUGAUUGGAGUAAUAGUUCUGUUGUUAACAAAAAUAGCGAUGAAAAAAGCCACUAUUCCACUGGCAUGUAAAAUAUUUCGCAUACCACAUGACGAUGUACGGAAAGCAAGACAACGCAUGGAAGUUGAGCUUCCCUAUCGCUAUAUUACAUAUGGAAUGGUUGGGUUCUCCCUCAUGUUUAUUGUUCCUUGCCUCUUCCAUUUUAUUGGUCUUUCUUGA